AUGAAGUUUCCUGCAGAUUCAAAUCUCAUCUUAAUCAUGCCAGGCCAUGCUCGGUACAGGGAUCCCAAAACCUUUGAAAUGAGUCCUGCCUUGGUGCGGGUUCGUGCUCCAUAUUUCUGGAGAAAUACCUUGGCAUUCAUUGUCGUCGGUUCGAUUCCCUUGGGUGUUUACGCUUAUACAUGGCUGUUUUUGAACAAGGAUGAGUUUAGCGACAUUCCUAUUCCGCCUGUUUCGGACGAAGAGUUGGCGAAGUUGAAGAAGGAGUAUGCAAAUAAGAAGUAA